UAAUGCUUUAAUGCCGUAUCUUAAGCAAAUGAGUGGAUAAUUGAAAGGUAUAUCCCCAACAAAUAUUUUAAACAAACUGAAAAAACUUAAAUAACUAAAGCACUAUAAUACUGUAUGCUCAGGUUUUAUGAGCAGCAGCAAACAUUCCCGAGGUGGGAAGGACGGCUUCUCAUAUUCGCGGUUUCAAAACAGUGAAUUAAAGAUCGAAAACGUGAUUGAAAUUCACCAAAGGCACAAAAAAAUAAAAAAAACAAACAAACCAACGACGGUUUCGCGCAAAAGACGAAACAUCCAACCGCUUCUUGCGACCCGCUCUGCCAAGGUUGCGAAGAAAUCAUACCGAGGCAUCGGCCGAAAAACUCCGCUCUGCCUCUUCUUAUCGGCGGGAUAGGAGAGCUGGCAAACACUUGAUAACCCCCCUGCGCUGGCAGCCAAGCCCCUGGUCAAACACACGCCUCCGGCUUGCCCAUUGGGCGCCGCCCCGGCUGACGCUGCAGGUCAGCGGCACUUAAAUACCUGCGGCUGCAGGCGCUCAACACACCAGGUAUCUGAUCUCAGAAGCUGGGACAGGAGCUUUAGGGGGGAGGUCAGAGCCUAUCGAAGCUGCCAGUUUACGAGCGUUGUCGUUGUAGAUUUUGUUUUUUAAACCAAGAAUCUUCGACGAGACGGCGUACUGAUCGGCUCUGCUCCCGCUCUCCACAGGCGAGAAGAGAUCUCUCCGAUCCGGGACGAAGGCGCGCCCUGCUUCGGCUCUGUGUCGCUCCCCUGUAUCGUCUCCUGACCAGUAAUUAAACCAGCCAGCCACAACUGAACCAGCAGCUCCGGGCCAUGUCUCUGGCGGUGAAGGAAAAGACCACGGUCCGCCUGGUGUUCCUCGGGGCGGCCGGCGUGGGCAAGUCGGCGCUCAUCCGGCGCUUCCUGCAGGACCGGUUCGAGAGCAAGCACAAGCGCACCGUGGAGGAGCUGCACAGCAUCGAGUACGACAUCGACGGCACCAAAAUCCGCAUCGAGAUCAUGGACACCAGCGGCAGCUACUCCUUCCCCGCCAUGCGGAAGCUGUGCAUCCGCGACGGGGACGCCUUCGCCCUGGUCUACUCCAUCGAGGACCCGGACUCCUUCGCCGAGGUGCGGCGGCUCCGGGAGGAGAUCGUGGAGCUCAAGGGGGACAAGCUCACGGCCAUCGCCGUGGUGGGCAACAAGGCGGACCUGGAGAACCAGCGCCAGGUACCCGCCGAGGACAUCCUGUCCACCGUGGAGCUGGACUGGAACGCCACCUUCCUGGAGGCCUCGGCCAAGAGCAGCGAGAACGUGCUGGGCGUCUUCAAGGAGCUGCUCCAGCAGGUGAACCUGCCCAGCCGCCUGAGCCCGGCGCUGCGGCGGCGCAGGGAGACCAUCCCCAAGGACAGCGCCGGGGCGCGCAAGCGGCCGCCCAUGAAGAAGACCAACAGCUGCAUCAUUUCCUAAGCGAACUGCGGUGCUCUUUUUUUUUAAAUAAAAAAAAAAUAGUACUAAUCGAAUAACGGCCUUCAUUUUCCGUACGCCUUCGGUGCCAGGCUUCCGCCCCGGGUGGCCGUGUGACUCUGGAGAGAGAGAGGGGUGAAAGUGCCCGGUUCUGGACUGACGGUGGAGAAAACGGCGCCGUGCGAGCGAAGGUACGGGGCUGAGAGAGAGGGAACCCGGCGGUCCGGCCUGUCGGUGAGCUGGUCUGAGCAGCACUGGCAGAGAGGAGGACACGGAGCCGUCAUAGAGACGUCUCAUUUGCACUUUAGUCGGUGGGAGGAAAAUAAAUAAGUACUGUGCUGUUUUUUUUUACUCUGUUAUUUUAACUCCACGCUGGAGGUUUUCAGAACCUCUUGAGGGAGAUUUAUGGUGACUUUAUGUAUAAAAUUAUGCAAAGCACUGCAAUGUUGAAAGUGACAUCUGGUGGGGGGGACGGUUUUAAUUGAAUAGAGGGAGCCCUGUAAGGAAUUGUGGGGGAGAGGGCUGCAGGAAAGCGAACAUGGCAUUUGAAUACAGAGUACCAUGUCCAAUAAAUACUAUUGAAUUCAA